AUGGGUGUGGAACUUGAUGAAUUGAAUCAACCGUCCAUGCUACAUAGACAACUUCACCAAUGCCUAGAAGCAUCUUCAACGCGUCAUUUGUCAAAUGAAGAAACCUCUACAGGGAACGCUUACGGCCAACGACCCAGAGAUCUUUCUCGCAUCAAUGCCGUGAUUUUAAUCACUACCCUCUCCGGCAUUACCUUUGUUGGCAGCAUGAGUGGUGGGUUAUUGACCGUUGGAUUACCCACCAUUGCGGCUGACUUGGACUUGCCAGAUAAUCUAUUGCCCUGUUUAGGCCGGCCUCAGUCUACUCUCUUGCAAAUGGAUGUUGUCUUCUACUCGCAGGCUCAAUUGUGGACUUGA